GGGGAAUAUACAGAGAAAUGUGCAGACUUCAAGUUGAUGGCAGGCGAAAGGGCUUUGCUGCUCAAACUGUCUCAAGUCGUCAAAGCAAAAGGAUGGGGCUUCUUCCUAAAAGGAAGCAAAUCAAAACGUCCAGGUCCAGGUGCAACGCGAGGUGACUCCACUGAUGAGCUUGCACUGAGGCUGAAGCUGAAAGACUAUUUUGCUGCGAGACACGACGGAAGCGUCGAGUACGACAGAUUGUGCCAGGGCCUCGAUCAUGUUUCGAUUAGUUUUGAUGUCAAGAACAGUCGAGUCAAAAUUGCAUGCCCACUUUGCGAGACUGUCCAGGCCACCUGUAACACGGAACGAAGCGGUUCCUGGAAGAUCACCAACUUUGUGACUCACGUCAAAAAUCAUUGGAAGAAGCCGGACGAACCUGCAGAAAAACGUCAAAGAACGGCUCUUCUGAUUGAACGUGUACCAUCUGAACCUUCCCGAUCGCAAAGCCAGUCCGCAUCCGAUAGCUUGGACAGAAACGAACUCACCACCUCGCUCACGACGACGAGUGCGACUUAUGAUGACUUCACAAUCGAAUCAAUUCCAUUUGUUGACCCAGAUGACCAACGUGAAGACCAGGACGCAACUUCGACCGAGGCGCUAGACUCCGACAUUCCAGAGAAUUUAAACUAGCUGUGUGCCAACAGAGGGCCGAUGCUGGCACAGCUGAACAAGGCCGCAAGAAAUCUCCACGCCUGAUCGAUCUACUGCAAAAUGUUCACGAAAAAUCGGAAAAUUUGGAGAAAUUAAACGGAAUGCGCUACACACAGAGAGAACUGGACCUGUUUUUGUAUCAGUACGUUCA